UGCAUUUGAUUUAUGGUAGCUCAUCCCGCGUGUGCCAGGUAACACAGUUCUCCCGGCGCACCGAGCAAACUAAUCAAGUGUGCCUUCUCUGAUAUGUCCGUCAAAAUGCUUUCCUGACCACAUUGGGUGUUGGAGGUUCUAUUUCAUUAUUUCUGCCGUAGCCAGUCCAAUCCCACGCAACUAGAUGCGGGACUCACCUCUGAACCCCUUCCGGUUUAUCGCAUGCUUCCCCUUCAAUUUAGCUAGCUAACAUAUCUCAAACAUAAUAUAUAGACAACGUUAGGAGUUCAUAAAACACUUUGGUUCCAUAAUUUAUACAUUUCAUCAUCUGAAAUUGUGACGGUCGAAGAAAACAUGAAUAUUCGCAACGCGAGGCCGGAGGACCUUAUGAACAUGCAGCACUGCAACCUGCUGUGUCUCCCAGAGAACUACCAGAUGAAAUACUACUUCUACCAUGGACUGUCCUGGCCACAGCUCUCCUACAUCGCUGAGGAUGAGAAUGGCAAAAUAGUGGGAUAUGUUUUGGCCAAGAUGGAGGAGGAUCCAGAUGAUGUCCCCCAUGGUCACAUCACAUCCCUGGCUGUCAAGCGCUCUCACAGACGUCUGGGUCUGGCUCAGAAGCUGAUGGACCAAGCCAGCCGAGCUAUGAUUGAAAACUUCAACGCCAAAUAUGUCUCACUUCAUGUCCGGAAAAGUAACCGAGCAGCCUUGCACCUGUACUCCAACACACUGAAAUUCCAGAUUAGUGAAAUAGAGCCCAAGUACUAUGCAGAUGGGGAGGAUGCCUAUGCCAUGAAGAGAGACCUAGCUCACAUGGCUGAUGAGGUCCCACAGUUGAGGAAGCCAGGAGUGAAGGCACUGGGUCAGGAGACCCUUACUGCUAUGACCACACCCGGUGACCAGGAGAAAGAGGGAGAGAGGGACAGUGGCGGAGAGAGCAAAGAACUCAGUGAAGUUAGCGAAGCAACAGAAAGCACAGACGUCAAAGAUUCAUCCUCCGAUUCACAAUGACUCUGACCUCUUUAGUAGCCAUUUUUAAAUUUCACCAUGAAAGUUACUUAUUACACUUUUUAUCUCUUUCCAAAUAGGAAAAGACAGAUUUGACUUCAGUUUUCCCCAGUGUUCAUCUUCAACUAUUCACCUCAGUUACUUUGUAUAUUUUACCUUUACAACAUACUGUACAGUAAUAUAUAUUUUACCUUCACACCGUACAGGAAUAUAUUUGACCUUCACACCGUACAGGAACAUAUUUGACCUUUACAACGUACAGGAACAUAUUUGACCUUCACACUGUACAUGAACAUAUUUGACCUUUACACAGUACAGGAACAUAUUUGACCUUCACACCGUACAGGAACAUAUUUGACCUUCACGCCGUACAGGAACAUAUUUGACCUUUACGCCGUACAGGAACAUAUUUGACCUUUACGCCGUACAGGAACAUAUUUGACCUUUACGCCGUACAGGAACAUAUUUGACCUUCACACCGUACAGGAACAUAUUUGACCUUUACACCGUACAGGAACAUAUUUGACCUUCACACCGUACAGGAACAUAUUUGACCUUUACACCGUACAGGAACAUAUUUGACCUUCACACCGUACAGGAACAUAUUUGACCUUUACACCGUACAGGAACAUAUUUGACCUUCACACCGUACAGGAACAUAUUUGACCUUUACACCGUACAGGAACAUAUUUGACCUUUACACCGUACAGGAACAUAUUUGACCUUUACACCGUACAGGAACAUAUUUGACCUUCACACCGUACAGGAACAUAUUUGACCUUUACAUCGUACAGGAACAUAUUUGAGCUUCACACCGUACAGGAACAUAUUUGACCUUCACACCGUACAGGAACAUAUUUGACCUUCAGUGUACACAGUAGAGUAAUAUAUUAUACCUUUACAGCAUACACCAUACAGUAGUAUAUUUUACUAUUACUGUGUUCACCAUACAGUAAUAUAUUUGACCUUUACAGUGUACACCGCACCGUAAUAUAUAUUUUACUUUACACUGUACAGUAAUAUAUUUUACCUUUUAGAGCAUACACCGUACAGUAAUAGUUUUUUUCCCAUAACUUUCUCUGUUGUCAUUAGUGACAAACAAAGAAAAUUGAGAAUUGGUUGAAAGGAAUGUUUUUGGAACUGGAAUGAAAAUGGAUUUUGAGCUAAAAUUCACGACUGGUUCCAUAAGUAAAAAAAAUAUAUAUAUAUUUGAUGUUGUCACUAGUACUUCAUCGUCGGCCACCCCACCCAUGAAAUCAUAACCAGUGUUUUUGGAUGUGUCUAAAUCAGGUCUGUUAAGUAUUCUUAAAAAUAAAAGUUUCAAGUAAUACA